AUGAAACUGCACUUAGCACUGUUUCCGAAAUUCGAUUAUGCAGUUGAAAACAAUUUGCAGGCGAAAGCACUACCGUUCGGUAAUUUUCAUAUGAACAAAGAGGCAGUUAAAGGCGUUAUUAAGGCCGGCCGACUGGAAGAAAACCGAUUGAGUCAGAAAGCCGAUACCUACCUCAAAUUCGGUCUUCCCAGAAUGGCAGUUCACGGUCAAUCAAUAGGUGAUUCUACACUGAGAACAAAUAUACCAUUGCAAGGAGCGAUGUUUGGUGAUCGGAAAUCUCGAUCUGAAUGGGACUUAACGGGAUUGAUGGCCUACCAAAUGGCCGAAGAGGUAAUUGGAACGCAACAGCCUGAAAACCACUGGAAUAGUUUCUUGCAAUCAGCUCGGCAUCAUGCUCAGUAUUUCUCGAAUCUGGAUCUGUUCCAACAACCAUCCGGUUUCAAUUAUCUUCGUUACGCAAAGGCUGAGGAGUUGAGACAAGAAAGCAGUAGGUGUGUCAUUUAUGUAUACACCUAA